AUGAAACUUCUUUUUGUGCCUGACAAAGUCUCGAACCCAGUCAGGAGGCAGGUUAUCAAUCGGCACAUCAUUGAGUACGUCAAAGCCAGAGACAAAGACCGUUUGAAAGUGAAAGCCAAGAUGUUAUCCGGUGGAGUGUGGCGCGGCAUGCUUACCACUCUUCAGCUAGAGCCUUGGGCAAGCAUCACUCAGCUUUCCGACCCUCUGGCCCGGGAGGUAUUUCACUACUCGGUAAACAUAUUCUGGCCCGGGUUUGAUCCCGGUGCAGAGAAGCAUGCAGUUGCAAAGGCCUGGGCGCCUAUUGCAUUGCAGGAACCAGUAUUGUUCAACGCCUUGAUGUGGGCCGCCAUUCUUCACAUUCAGACCCGGAGAAGAACACGCACUUUGGACUUGGCUAUGCUGAGUUACUACCACCAAACCGUGGAGCUUUUGCGGACGGAACUCUCAAAGCAAGCUUUCUGCCCACGCGAUGGACUCAUAAUGGCAGUCUUAUUCCUGCAGAUAGAUGACAGCCUCAGCACCAUGAAGUGGGACCACAGGCACAACAUUUUGGGCACUUUCAGCAGCCUGCAGUGGUUGGACGACUACAGCCGCCUGCCGUUUGUGGAAUCACAUCGAGUUGCCCUUGUCAACAUCAUCGGCGCAUGUGGCAUAGACUGCUUGGAGGUCCGAGGACUCGCUAGUUUGGUCCAGUACUUCGACGUAAUAUCAUCUACCCUCAAUCUCACCAACCCAACACUGCCGCUUUGUAAACUCUACAGGACAGUUCAGGAUGCCGAAACAAGGUUCACCGCUUUUGGUCACCACAUUGAAGAAGUGGUUCUCAAGGCAAGCGAAGUUCAGCCGAGCCUAAGCAACCUAGUGGAGGGUGUUGAGUUGGAUCCGCAGAUUGUUGAACUCAUCCUCGAUCUUCGCACACUAUGCCUGCUGUUUGAAGUCUAUCAAAGUGGUCGAUCCGAUGAUUGCAACCUAUCAAAGCUGUCCAUACAUCGAAACCUCAUUCAUUAUCGGCUUCUCGAGAGUAUGAAAGAGAUGCCUGUGUGCUUUGGCACUUCCAUAACAGGCCUGGUUCGGUCAACCCUGCUCGCAUUUAACAUGUGCGUCAUCUUUCGAGUGGUGCAUCAGUACUCCCUGCGGAGUGUGCUAGAGGACAUGAAGAGUGGCAUUGACAAUCUUCUCAGCAGGCUUGAGGACAAAGAAAUGAUUGAGCUCUGUACCUGGUGCUGCAUGAUCGGUGCCAUAGGAUCUAUCGCCACUGGAAACGACAAUCUGCAAUUUUGGUUCGAGAACCAAUUGCUCGUCAUGGAAUUGUCGAAAGCUGGAGGCUCUGAGCUUGAUGCCCCCGUUCGUACGUACUCGGAUGUACGAAUGACUCUCGAACGCUAUCUAUGGUACGGGCGUAGCUGCGACGCCCAAGCCAUAUUAGUGUGGCAGCGUGUGCAUGCAAAACUCCUUCACAUACUCUCUGAAUGGAUAUUAGAUGCUCAUUUAGGUACACCACUGUCGUUUCCAGACCAUUCUGCAGUCAUGGAGCACACAUAG